AUGUCAUUCUUCACCCCCGUCCGAGCUUCCAACGCGCUCAUCACUGAGGUCAGCGUCCCCAAGACCGCCGUCUUUGUUGGCGGUACCGACGGCAUUGGCAAAGCUACUCUGAUGGAUCUUGUCUCCAAGGGUUUCCCUAUCAAGGUCUACAUCGUAGGCCGCAAUGAGGCGGGUCACAGGGCAUUGCUGGAUGAGCUUAGGACUUUGAACCCCAAGGCAGACCUGAUUUACGUCCAAGGCCAGAUCUCCUUGGUUGCAGACUCUCAGCGUAUUGCGAAGCACAUCUCGGCUCAGGAGGACAAGAUCGACCUCCUCUUUCUCUCAGCAGGCUACUUGCCUUUUACUGGGCGCCAAGAAACUUCUGAGGGCCUAGAGGCAUCCCAGGUCGUGUCCUACUACAGCCAUAUUGUGUUCAUCACCAACCUCCUACCCCAGCUCAGGGCGGCCGCCAAGUCUUCGGCAUCGGCGCGAGUCAUCAAUGUCCUUGCCGCUGGCCAGGAGUCGACCAGCCUCUUCCUUAACGACCUAACUCUCAAGCAUCCCGGCCGUUUUAGUAUCCCCACCUACGCUGCUCACGCCGCUACUAUGGUGACCCUGACCCUGAAGCGUAUUUCCGAGGCACCGGAGAAUAAAGACGUCGUCUUUAUCCACUCGCAUCCAGGCAGGGUUAGCACAGAUUUGUUCAUGAAGAGCUGGGCUGGCAAGUUCGACCCCAGCAAGGCUGCCCCCGCUCCGCCCCCUGGAACAUUCGUUGAGUUGACACCUGAGGAAUCUGGUGAGCGGUGCCUGUAUUUGAUCACAAGCGCAGAGUUUGGGGGCAAUGGCGUCCCCGUGCAGGACGGGCGUCGGGCAGCCUUGACUCUGGCCCACGGGGCCAGGGCAUCGCUUUUCUCUAUCGACGAUAAGUUCGCUAUUCUGCAACAGGACGAUUUACUAUCUGAGCUAGAGAAUAUGGGGGCUCCCCAGAAGAUCUGGGAUCACACUUUUGAGGCCAUCUACUCCAUCAUCCAGCAGGAUUAG